ACAACGCACGCGCAGUGAUGGCGUCCCAUCGUAAACAUGAUAAAUGCGCAGAGGCUGCAGUGUGUGUCUGACUGGAAAGGAAGUGGCUCUGAAGUGACUCAACCGCACAGUGUUUCUGAAAGAUCGAGACUGGGCAGUCCUACCUCACACCUAGACUGAAUAACAGCGUUUAAAAAACUGCUGCUCUUUGAUACUAAUAGGACGUAAAAACUGCAAAUUGAAGCGACAUAUCAUACAAUAACAGUAAAUGAACGGACUUGUCCCAUCUGGAAGAAUGAGAUUCAUAGCAGUUGCUGUCAUACUUUGUGCUGGAUAUUUCUGUUCACCGGUCUUUGCCUAUCCUCGGGGAGAAUGGACAAAACUCAUCCUGACCCAACACUGGCCACAGACAUUUUGCAGUAUGGAACAUUGCAAAACAGAUAUAAGCAAUUGGACUCUGCAUGGAUUAUGGCCCAACACUGGCAUAAGGUGCAACACAUCCUGGCAUUUUAAUGCCAGUUUGAUUGAGGACAUAAUACCAGAAAUGGAGAGAGUCUGGCCAGAUCUGCUAGAACCUUCUUCCCCCAAAUUUUGGAAAUAUGAAUGGCAGAAACAUGGAACAUGUGCUGCACAAGCAGAGUCUCUGAACAGUGAGCAUAAAUACUUUAGCAAAGCUCUGGAGCUGUACCACAAGUUUGACCUUAAUAGUGUUUUAAGGAACAACAAAAUCGUGCCCUCUGAGGAGCACUACACACUUGAUGAUGUGGAGACAGCCCUUACCAGCUUCUACAAUGUGAAGCCAAAGAUUCAGUGUGUCCACCCAGGAAAGGGGGGCCAGGUUCAGAUUUUGGGCCAAAUAGAGAUCUGCGUUGACCGGGAUUUCCAGCUGAUGAAUUGCGAAAAGUCAACCGAAGAAAUCUGGAGCAAUGACAUGUCUGUCAGUGAUAAAUCAGCCCUUAGUGUGUGUGAUCAGUCCAUGCCGGUUUAUUACCCUCCAGUGCCAAGCAGAUCAUAGAGGUGGGCAACUUCAGACCUCUUCUGGGGGUGUGGAAUCACUGAGAAAGAGAUGACAAGAAUUCAUUUGAGAGUUAGCAUUUGAAACACUGGAAACGGCUGGAAAUGUUUUCUAUUUACACUAUCUUAAGUAAUUGCACAUUAAAUUCCUUUAUUUUAAAUGAUAAUGCUGAAACAAUCUAGUGAAGAUUUAAGGGUGUCAGAUUCACAGACUGCAUGCUGUAUUCUAUGGUUACUGGGCUCAUAUUUACAAUUUAUUGGUUUUACACAGUGUAUUUUGCUCAACUGUUGUCAUGUUUAUUUAUGGGUGAAUAUCACAAAAAUACAUCCAGAUCAAAUGUACCACAAAAUUUCAAGAAAAGAAAAAUUAGAAAUGAAGCAUGUUAUAGGAAUAUAAAGUUUUUUUUUUUUUUUUUAAAUUGGCAUUUUAAUAAUAUUUUUAUAUUUUUAUUUUUCCACAUUACUGUGCAUCUGGAUGUUUUACUUUUCCAUUUUCUCCAAUUCACAUUAUUCUCAAUGAUUCUCAUUAUAUUCCCAUUACGUAAGUAGAUAUUAAAAAAAAAAAAAAAAAACUAAAAUGUAUUUUUUUUUUUUUAAAUCUGCAUAAAUGACUACCAGCAACAAAUACUACCAAGUUGUAACCAUGUUAUUACUUGACAAUAUAGAUGAUAUAAUCACUAUUUUAAAAAGAAAGUAAGAAUAUUUUACUGAUCCUAAAAGUAAGCCAAAUCUUCUAUGUUCUAUAUUUUCUUAAGCAUAAUAAGUCUAUUCUUUAUUUUGAAAUAUGACCCAGUUGUGUUUUUGACAGGUUUUUUGAUAUUCACCACAUGUUAGCUGUAAUAUUUUUCCCAUUAUAUUUUUAAUCUGAUAAAUCUGAUAUUAGCUUUGCUUGGUAUUGAAAGAGGCCAUUUAGCCCUUAAUUUGCGAUGUUAAUGUGUAAAAUUUGUGGUAGGUUUGGAACAUUGGGCCUAAUGGCAGCAUGCAGUUACAGAUAAUGCACAUCUAAGCUCCUGCCGCUGGAGGGCAGCACAUGCAUUCAGGCAAAAAAAAAAAAAAAAAAAGGUACAUUGAUAUUGUUUACAGAUAUGUUGUUCACAUAUAAUGAACAACAUUUUGUGAAUGGAUGAUGGCAUUUAACUACACUUACCAUUUGCACAAAAUGUUCAGCUGAAUAAAGCUGUCUCUUUGGCAUUUUAACAUAUUUAUCUGAUGAUUUUCGUCAGAUGAUGUUUUUAUCCAUUGGAUGUUUACUUAUCAAAAGAGCCAUAUCAGAUGUGGGCAUUUUUGAUACAUUGCUUUUUGGCAACACAACAUGUAAAAUAUAUGUUUAAGCUUUAAUUGUUGCUAGUUUGAUUUUUAUACUGGUGAGACAUUUAUACUGCUGGAGAAAAACUUUUUACAGGUUUGUUACUUCUUUUAGGUUUGUUACUUUUACAGUAUGUGAUAAAUUCCUUAUCAUUUACAUAAACAUGUAAGUAAUUGAAGCUUUUUGUAAUGAAAUGUCAAAUGAAUAAAUGUUUCCCUGCUGAA